AUGGAAGAAAGGAAAUUGAAAGGAAGAGUGUGUGUGACAGGAGGUGCUGGGUUCAUUGCUUCAUGGAUCAUUAAGAGGCUCCUUCAAAAUGAUUAUUAUGUUAAUUUAACUGUGAGACAAGAUCCUGAAUAUGGUGAAGACACUAGCUUUCUUUACAACUUACCUGGAGCAUCCGAAAGGCUACAAGUUUUCAACGCAAAUCUAAGCGAUCCAGAAAGUUUUAAUGCUGCAAUUGAAGGGUGCACUGGAGUUUUCCACGUUGCUUGUGAGGUUGGGCAUCAAAUAAAAGAACCUGAGGAAGUAGUGACAAAAAGGUCCAUUGAUGGUGCACGUGGCAUUUUAAAGGCGUGUCUCAAUUCAAAGACCGUGAAGCGAGUUGUUUACACUUCGAGUGCCGCUGCUGUGUCUUUCAAAGACAAAGAAGAUGGAGUGAAGGAUGAAAGCUUUUGGAGCGACGUAGAUUAUCUUAGAUCUUCAAAGAUACUAACUUGGUUCUAUGCUGUUUCUAAGAUAUUAACAGAAAAAGCAAUGCUUGAAUUUGGAGAACAAAAUGGAUUAGAUGUUGUGUCUGUGAUUCCCACUAUGGUUCUUGGACCCUUCAUUACUCCUAAGCCUCCUUCCUCAGUCCUUGCUUCAUUGUGUUUGGCAUUUGGCACACAUCCAGUUGGUUUCGCACUUCCAGCUGCUAUGGUGCAUGUGGAUGACUUGGCUAAAGCACAUAUAUUUCUUCUUGAACAUCCCAAUCCAAAGGGAAGGUAUAUAUGUUCAUCAUGUUAUGUAACAGCUGAAAUGGUAUCUCAAAUCGCUUCUACUAAAUACCCAGAAUUUCAACAAAAAACACCAGAUCAAGUUAUCAAGCUACCAGAUUAUUCGUCUAAGAAGCUUAUAGACCUUGGAUUUGUGUUCAAGUAUGGACUUGAGGAAAUGCUUGAUGAUGCAAUUCAAUGCUGCAAAGAAAAAGGCAUACCUCUCAAGUGGUAG